CAGGGAUGAACCAAAGAUCUCCCAGGGACCGCGACCUUCACUUCCCCUUCAGGAAUUGACCUACGUUCGCGCAGCCAUGUUGACCCGGAGGGAGGUGGUCAUCGAGAAGCCCUUCCAAGACCGACGGUAUAAUGACCACAGGCGAAAGGUCCAGAGCGCCCUCCCGCGGAUAGACGCAGGUCCUCCUCGAGAGUACCCGCACCUGAUCCUCAAGCUGAAGAAGCUCCGACUCGAGAAGGACCGCCAAGGGAAGAUCUGUGAGGACAACAUCAAGCUGGUUCACCGCAUGGCCAUCAUCAUGAGGACCAAAAGGCUCGACAACAUCAACACAGCGCCGAGAGGGCCCUUCGAGCCCCGCAGCGCCGGGCCGCGUCGCCCCCCGCCCUCCAGGAGCAGCGACGAGGCCGACGGAGGCUGGGGGCCCGGCAAGUCCUUCCUGGAGCAGGUCACGGCCGAGGUCAACAAGUACUUCAAGCCUCCUCCGCCCGGCGAGGUGGUGCAGCACCGAGCACCUGCCGGGCGCUGCCGCGUGCCCCGCGUCGGGCCUCCGCCUGCGUCGCGGAGCCCCGCCCUCCGACGCAGUCCCUCGAACCGUCGAAGUCCAUCCCCCUCGCCGUCCAGCAGGUCGUCGGCCAGCUGUCGCCGCGGCAGGGAGACCACGAGGCUGUCCCCGAUGCCGAGGCUCAGCCGACGCCCCAGCAUCAGCGCCUCGCUCCCCACUCCCGGCGAAGACUCGAGCUCCGCCGCCGACGAGGACGACUUCGAGGAGGACACGGAGGGAAGCGAAGACAAGGAGAAAUCCGGAGAAGAGAGCGCGGAGGAGGAGACCGAGCGAAGUAGCGACGACGGCCAAGGGAGUAGGACUAAGUCGGAGUCCGCUGGGGAGUCCGGAGAGGGCGACAGCGACCACCACGUGUCCUCCAUCCUUCUGCAGCAGCACCCGAGUAUCACUAUAGACUGA